AUGCCUUCAGACAAAAUCGACAAAAAGCGCAAGCGGCACUCAGACCGCCACGAGCGUCCAAGCAAAAAACCUGCUCUCGAACUGCAGAAUCUGCCUCCGCUAUCCGCCAGCUUGAUCGAGGAUAAUAGCGAAUUGGCUCCUGUUAUUGUGACAACGCCCGGUGUCAACCAACCCCGAAGCAUCAACCUCCAACCGUACCUCAAACCGCGCGCAAACACUUCUUCCACCUCUUUCUCCACGCGCAACAAGGGAAUUGUCUCGUCUGAGAUUCUGCUGCAAUCGUCCGAGCAUCCCAAGCUUGACUUUGUGGGACGGGAAGCGAACGAUGAUGCGGACUCGCAGUUGAAGCAUUACAUUGCGGUGAUUGACCCGGAGAAGAAGACAUGGCAGUUUGUCGAGGCGCGCAAGGUCACCCUGCGGGGUGCUGUGAGGAAGAUGAAGCCUCUUGAGGAUGAGGAAAGCAGUGAGGAUGAAGAGAUGGUAACCUCCCUCCCGACUCUAUCCCUAGAAAUGCAGAUGCUAAUUGUGCAGCAAACAAUGCGCGCCCAAAAAACCGCCCUCACCCACGCUUUCGGUACGAAACAAUCCAAGAAAGUCGUCCAGUCCAUGGCCGAAAACGCCCAACUCUCCAAUGCCCCCGCCGGCGCUGCCAAUGCCGCCGAAUCUGCCCUCCUCUCGUCCAUGCCUGCCGACUCCGCUACGGACAUGGCCUCCAAGACCGCCGCCGUGCAGGCGCAGGUGCAGGCCGCAAAGCCUCUUCCUCAGGCAAACCUGGCUGCUACGCAUCCCGCGGAUGUGUAUCCGGUGGACGUGCUGGUUCCCAAUGGCUCCUCGACACUGCGACAAUUGCCCGGUGUCAAAGAGUGGACGGAGACCGUGGGCUCCGGGCUCGCAGUUACAACGACCUCACGAUACGUCUCGCGCCGCGUCGAAGCAGUCGUCAAAUCGGGAAACACUACACAAAUCCAAAUCCUCCGCUUUAUCCUCCUCCUCCUCGAAUUUGCCCGCUCCCUCCGCCCCGGCGGCCGUGACGCAGGACCAGGAAGCAAACGCCUCCCACCCCGCGACGACCUCCGCCGUGUCCUCUCCUCCUCCUCGGGCUCAAUCUCUGCAAAGAACACCCUCGCGUCCGCACCUACGUCUACAGAGAACACCCUCCCGGACCCCGUCAUCGACGCGAUCCGCCGCCGCUUCGCCCCGCAGGGCUCGCACCUCUCCAAAAACGACAUCACCCUCCUGCACACCACCAUCUGCGCAUUGUCGCUGCACAUCCCCCCGCAGCCAGCCAAGGACGGCGGCUCCAGCACACAGGGCGGGAACUCGGCCAACGAACUCGCUACAGACCCCUCAGAUCUGCGCGAUGAUCUUAGACUGGAUAAUACGGUUGUCACGCAAUAUUUCCGCGAGUUGGGAUGUCGGGUUGACAAGCCGCGCGAGACGGAGUUUGCGAAGUGGGGGAUUAAGGGUGGGAAGGCUGAGGCUGCUGCUAGGCGUGUGGCUAGGUUGAAGGUUCCCGUGGAGUUUCCGAAGGUUAGUCGCGGUGGGAGGAAGUAA